AUGUGGCAGGAGAUGAGGGAGAUGAGAGAAGAAAUGAAGGAGCAGGGAGAGAAGAUAAGAGAAGAGAUGGAGGAGUUAAGAAGAGAUUACAAGGAACAGAUUGAAAAAUGGAAAGAAGAGAAGGAAGAAAUGAGAAAGAACAUGGAAAGGAACAAGGAUAAGGACUUUUGGAAAGGAUUAGAGGAAUGGGAGGUGAUAGUGUUGACAGAAACAUGGAUGGAAGAGAAGAGUUGGAAGAAGGUCAGAAGAAUGUUGCCGAAAGGAUACAUAUGGGGAGUACAAGGAGCUAGCAGAAAGAAUGAGAGGGGAAGAGCAAUAGGGGGCAUGAUUAUGGGGAUGAGAAAGGAGAUAGCAGAGAAAGGAGAGGAGAUGGAAAUGGAAAAGGAAGGCUUUGCGAUAGGAAGAGUAAAGGUGGGGGGAGAAAGAUGGAGGGUGAUAGGAAUAUAUGCAGGGCAAGGAAUAGAGAAGGCAUGUAAAGAAAUGGAGCAGUGGACAGAGGAGAAAGAGAAUGAGGUAUACACGAUAAUAGGAGGGGAUUUUAAUGCAAGAACCGGAGAGGAAGGAGGAAGAGUGAGAGGAGAAGAAAAUGUAGAGGAGGAGGGGUUAGGGGAAAGUAAAAGGAAGUCAAAGGACAGAGUAAUCAACGCAGAGGGAAGAAAACUGUUAGAAUUCUUGGGAGAAAAAGGAUGGAGCAUAUUGAAUGGGAACACAGAAGGAGACGAGGAGGGAGAAUGGACAUUUACAGGAGGGAGAGGGAACACAGUAAUAGAUUACGUAUUGGGAGACGAGGAUAGUAGAGAAAAGGUAAAAAAGUUAAGAGUAAAAGAUAAAGUAGAUUCAGAUCAUCAGCCAGUGGAGGUGGAGAUAAAAGGGAAACAGAGAAAGGAGAGGAGAAAGAAUCGAGGAGGGAGAAGAGGAGGAACGUGGAAUGAAGAAAGGUGCAGGAGGUUCAAGGAGAAGGUAGGAGAACUAGAAGGAGGAGAAGAAGAGAUAGAGGGAGAGUGGAAGAAAAUGGAGGAGAGGGUAAAGGAAGCAAUGAAGGUAACAGAAGAGGAAGAGAGGAAGAUGAAGAAGGAGAGAAGGGGAUGGUGGGAUGAGGAGUGUGGAGAAAGAAAAAGGAAA